AUGCGAUUCCAUAUCUUAGGCACAGGUGCUAUUGGUGGACACAUUGCUUCUGUAUUGCGACCUCGGAUGCCAGUGACCCUUUUACUUCGUUCCAAGAAUGCUGUGCAUGACUUUGAGCAGCGUUAUCGUAAUACCAUCUCGUAUACUCGCUCUGAUAAAGGACGUUCUGAAAUUGUUGGCUUUGAUGCUGAAUCAUUGAACGGCGAUAACAAUAACCCGAUUGAAACAUUGGUGGUGGCAACCAAGGCACAGCAUGCUGUCGAUGCUGUACGUUCCGUACAACAACGCUUGACGCCACAAAGUACCCUUGUGCUGUUGCAAAAUGGUAUGGGUUUAGCCGAGGAGUUGUUGGAAACACUUUGGCCCAAGGUUACUACUACUGCUGCUGGUGGUGGAAACAAUAGGCCUUCCUUCAUUGUGGGUGUCAAUCGUCAUUCUGUGGAGCGAGUAAAGCCAUUUGAUAUAGUCCAUUGUUCUGGAUGGAAUGACCCUGAAGGUGGUCUCAUGCUGGGAGCGAUGCCACAUUCAAAUCAAGCCCUCACCAAUAAGGUGUGUAAGGUGUUUGCAGACAUACCAGAGCUCAACACACAUGUCUACGAUUGGCAAGAAUUACGGCGACGUAUGAUGCGUAAAUUGGUCGUCAACGCAGGUCUCAAUCCCAUUGCUGCUAUUCUCGAGAGUCGUAACGGUGAAUUAUUACAUAAUCCAAAUGGCCAAGCCUUGCUCCGCGGCGUAUGUACCGAAGCUGCCCAAAUCCUCACUGAAUUGAAUGCCACCGCUGAAGAACUUGUUGAGCUUGUCCAAGGGAUGCUAAAGACUGCCGCUGGUAAUUAUUGCUCUACCGUACAAGAUAUGAAAGCCAAACGCCUCACCGAAGUCGACUAUAUCAAUGGCUAUCUCGUUCGCCUGGCCCGUGAGCGAAACAUACCCGCACCAACGAAUGAAUUUCUUGUGCACAUGGUCCAUGCCAAAGAGCAUAUCCUUGGAUCCAAAUAA